UUUUAUUUAACUAUGGUAUUAUAAUUUGUUUCUGGAAUUCCAGGGACGAUAAUAUUAAAUAACCUAUACUGUAAUAUGACGUUCGUUUGCAAAGUACGUGGUUGUUUAUCAAGUCAAAAUACGAAGAUUGAUGGCCGUGAAAUAGCACUAUUUGCUUUUCCUGAAGAUGAUGCGAGACGUCAAGAAUGGAUUAAAAAUUGUAAAUUAGUUCUCGAUUCCAGUGAUGAAAGUGACUCUUUAUACGUUUGUGAAUUACAUUUUGAAAAAUGUUAUUUUACGGCAUCAAAUGAAUUGAAAACAAAUGCAGUACCAACUAUUUUUCAUAAUAGCGAAGAUUUGCAAAGAAAACGAAAGGCUGAAAAUAACAUAGAUAUGGAAUCUUUGAUGGGUCAACCACCAUCAAAGCAAAAAAUCUUAGAUGAAGAUUCACAUAGCUUGGUAACUCCACCACAAAGUCCAUUUGCACAAUUGGGAGAUAAUAUUGAGGAAUCGGGUUUAGAAAAUAAGACAAAUGCGCUUAAGGAACCAGUAAAUAAACCUGAUGCAACUACAUCAAUGCCGAAUAAAGAUAAUAGACACAAAGUAUAUCGUUUAACAAUACAAAUAGAAAAAAUACAUACAGAGCCAGAUUCAGAAAAUAAGGAUCCAGUAAUCAUACCUAGUAGAGAAUUAGAAAAUUUUCCAAUUUCCAAUAACGAUAUGUUAAUAUUUAAGAAUGAACAAGAAAUGGAUGAUGAAUCGCAGACAGAGAAAAUGGUCAAAAUUAGUAAAGUGAAAAGACCGCAAUGCAUCAAAGGAGCAUGCAAAUUGAAAAAGGUCAUUUAUGGAAAUAAAUCAGCAUUUCAAUGUGAUGAAUGUAAUAAAUAUUAUGUCACGAAGAAAAACAACGCACAGAUAGAAAAAACUAAUGUUUGUUCUGUAUGCCAGAAAUCUUUUACUUCUCCGCAAUCACUUUAUCUUCAUGUUAAAAAACAUUUUGUUUGUGAUAUGUGUCUGACUGAAUGCAGUUCACGAAUAUCAUUUGAUAAACAUGCUAAGUCACAUGUAAGCACUGAUCCUUUGUAUCCUUAUAAAUGUCACAGAUGUUUUGAAAUAUUUGAUACCAAAGAUGAAAUAAGAAAUCAUUACGUUCUGAUGCAUCCUUCGAUAAAACUCGAAGGUAUUGGUAAAGCAAAAGUCUCACCUGUAACAGUUCAAAUACCUCAACAAGAAUAUCUAUGUCCUACUUGUAACAUUACUUUUAGAAAUGAACAGGCAUAUAGAAAUCAUAUUAAUUGUCAUACACAAAAAGAAGGAAUACGUUGUAACAUUGCAGAACCAAGUAGUAUAAUUUCUGUACCAACACCGAUAACUGGUGGUCAAAUAGGAAUUUUGCGAGCUGUAACAUUCAGUUGUAGAGUUUGUUCGAAAGAAUUUGAUAACGUUGCUGAAGUCGAUCAACACACGAGAACACAUUUGGAAAAUGCAGAAGAAUACAAGUGCAAUAUCUGUAAGAAAAUAUUUAAAACCAGUGCGCAGUUAAAUGAACACUUGAAGCAUCAUCUAUCGCGUGCACAUCCUUGUCCCAUAUGUCCUAAAGCAUUUAUCAAUAGAACAACUUUAAAAAUACAUUUAAAAACACAUGGUGAUUCAUAAUUUACAUGGAACUAUGAGAGUGUUCUUUUUUUUUUCUUCUGUUUAUCUAGUAUUAAAAAUAUAAAUGAACUACUCCAUUUUAUUUUAAUUUUUUUUUUCUCAAAUAAACUAAUUGUAAACUAGUGCAAAUUGAAGAUAAAAAUUGUUAAUUUUGAUGAUAUCUGUACAGUAAUAUCAUAAUUGUAUAUUUUAUUUUAAUCAUAUAUAAGUCAUUAAAGUAUUGUGUAAAAAGUU